UAAAUUAAAAAACCAAAAAGAAGACAACGCAUCCUCUAUCCUCCUCUCGAUCCGCCCUCUUGUUGAAUGGUUUCCCUCGUCCCUCUCGCGAGGAUCGCCUCGAUCCCGGGGGCGAAACCCUCUGCCGGCCGUCGGAGGGCCAGGCCAAGGGUCUGCGUCUGUGGGCGAGUCAAAGACGAGGAGGAGAAGGAGAGGGUCAUUAGGGUUUCCGACCCUCUUCGAAGGACCGGCCUCUCCCCGCUCUUCUCCGGUCCCCUUCUACCCGGCGCUUCCUCCUCUUUCCCGUCUCCUUCUCCAACGCAGCAGCAGCAGCAGCGCGACGGCGACGAGGAUAAGCAGAGAUACUAUGUGAAUAUGGGCUACGCGAUCCGAACCCUGAGGGAGGACUUCCCCGAUAUCUUCCAGAGGGAACCCAGAUUCGAUAUCUAUAGAGAUGAUAUUGUCUUCAAAGAUCCUCUCAACACUUUUGUGGGCAUUGACAACUACAAACGAAUUUUCUGGGCACUGCGACUCAAUGGUCGUAUUUUCUUCAAGGUCCUGUGGAUUAAUAUAGGAAGCAUAUGGCAGCCAGCAGAGAACAUUAUCAUGAUCCGUUGGAUCGUUCAUGGCAUCCCCCGCGUACCAUGGGAGAGCCAUGGUCGCUUUGAUGGCACCUCUGAGUACAAGCUCGAUAAGAAUGGAAAGGUCUUUGAGCAUCGGGUUGACAAUGUUGUUCUCAACUCACCCACCAAGUUCAGGAUCUUGUCCGUAGAGGAGCUGAUUCGAUCACUUGGCUGCCCAUCCACUCCAAGGCCAACUUAUUUUGAGACAUCAUUAUCGAAGGGCAUAUCGAUCACGCCAUUUCUGUUGAGAUUCACAUGGGUAAGAUACUAUCUUGCAUUUUACCUAACUCUUGCUUGGCAAUGUGUCGCAAAAGAUUGACUUAAGUUUUGGAAUCUAAGAAGCUUCUCAAUUUUUGCCCGAGUCAUAUGAUUGUGAAGUUAAUGUUGACUAGUUAUUAGCAUCAUUAUCGGUGCAUAUUUGUACAUAGGAUGUAAUGUAGAUCUUGUUGUAUUGUUCUUGUUCUACACCAGUAUAGGGAAGAGAGAAAUACAAAGGCCUACAUAUGGAAGUUGACAUUUUCAAAGCUGUAUAUUCAGAUUUUCCAAUAAGAAAAGCAGUAUAUUUUGGACAUGCCUUUA